UACAUAUCACACUACGUAGAAAACCCAUUUUCUUCAUUUCAGAUCUUCAAAUUUUGGUUUUCUUCCAAUCCCCAAAAAGGCACCUCAUAUUGCACUUCUUGUAAUCUCUCCCAGUUGGCAGCUGCUUGGAACCGAAGAGGUUAAAGAAAGGCAGAAUUAGUACAUCAGAUUAACUUCAGUUUUCCGGAAAAACUACAUACUACUAUACUUAAUAACUUAACAGAAACUAAAAUGUGGAGGCUGAAGAUUGCAGCAGGAGGUAACGACCCCUAUUUGUCUAGCACCAACGAUUAUGUAGGCCGACAGACAUGGGAAUUUGACCCUGACUAUGGUACGGCUGAGGACCGAGCAGAGGUCGAAAAAGCUCGUGAAGAAUUCUGGAACAAUCGUUACCAAGUUAAGCCCAGCAGUGAUCUCGUCUGGCGGAUGCAGUUUCUACGUGAAAACAAUUUCAAACAGACAAUACCCCAAGUGACGGUAGAAGAUGGAGAAGAUAUAACCUAUGAAACUGCCUCAACCACACUGAAAAGGGCUGUCCACUUCUUUUCAGCCCUGCAAGCCAGUGAUGGCCAUUGGCCUGCAGAAAAUGCUGGUCCAUUGUUCUUUCUUCCACCUUUGGUCAUGUGUCUGUACAUUACUGGCCAACUUAACACUGUGUUUCCAGCUGAACACCGUAAAGAAAUUCUCCGCUACAUAUACUGUCACCAGAACGAAGAUGGUGGGUGGGGUUUACACAUUGAAGGCCAUAGCACAAUGUUCUGCACUACUCUGAGUUACAUCUGUAUGCGUAUACUUGGAGAGGGACCCGAAGGCGGUAAAAACAAUGCAUGUGCUAGAGCAAGAAAAUGGAUACUUGACCAUGGCACUGUUACAGCAAUACCUUCAUGGGGAAAAACAUGGCUUUCGAUACUUGGCGUAUUUGAGUGGUCGGGAACCAACCCGAUGCCCCCUGAAUUUUGGAUCCUUCCAUCUUUUCUCCCCAUGCAUCCAGCAAAAAUGUGGUGCUACUGUAGAAUGGUGUACAUGCCCAUGUCAUAUUUAUAUGGCAAAAGAUUUGUCGGCCCAAUUACUCCUCUCAUUCAACAACUGAGAGAAGAGUUGUAUGAUCAACCCUACGAUGAAAUUAAUUGGAGGAAAGUUCGCCAUGUCUGUGCCAAGGAGGACCUCUAUUAUCCUCAUCCACUUAUACAAGAUUUCAUGUGGGAUAGUCUCUACAUACUUACAGAACCUCUUCUAACCCGUUGGCCUUUCAACAAGUUAAGAGAAAGGGCUCUUCAAACCACAAUGAAGCACAUCCACUAUGAAGAUGAAAAUAGCAGAUACAUCACAAUAGGAUGUGUAGAGAAGGUGUUAUGUAUGCUGGCCUGUUGGGUCGAGGAUCCCAACGGAGAUUAUUUCAAGAAGCAUCUUGCGAGAAUCCCUGAUUAUCUAUGGAUAGCCGAAGAUGGAAUGAAGAUGCAAAGUUUUGGAAGUCAAGAGUGGGAUACUGGUUUUGCUAUACAAGCACUGCUAGCUAGUGAUCUUACUGAAGAAAUAGGCCAGACUCUUGCGAAAGGGCACGACUUCGUAAAGAAGUCUCAGGUCAAAGAUAACCCUUCUGGUGACUUUAAAGCCAUGCACCGCCAUAUUUCUAAAGGCUCAUGGACUUUUUCGGAUCAAGAUCAUGGGUGGCAAGUAUCAGAUUGUACUGCAGAAGCAUUGAAGUGUUGCCUUCUCUUUUCAAUGAUGCCAACUGAAAUUGUUGGUCCCAAGAUGGAAACUGAACGACUCUGCGAUGCUGUCAAUAUAUUGCUUUCCUUACAGAGCAAAAAUGGUGGGUUAGCUGCAUGGGAGCCUGCAGGAGCCUCGGAGUGGUUGGAGAUGCUCAAUCCUACAGAAUUUUUUGCCGACAUUGUUAUUGAGCACGAGUAUGUCGAGUGCACUUCGUCAGCAAUACAAGCUCUAGUUUUGUUUAAGAAAUUGUACCCGGAACAUCGGAAGAAAGAAAUAGAAAGCUCUAUUGUGAAGGCUGUGAAAUACCUUGAAGAUGUUCAAAAGCCUGAUGGAUCAUGGUACGGAAAUUGGGGCGUGUGUUUCACAUAUGGCACUUGGUUUGCCCUUGGAGGACUAGCAGCAGCCGGGAAGAGCUACAACAAUUGUCUAGCCAUUCGCAAAGCUGUCAAGUUUCUGCUAAAUGCACAGAGGGAUGAUGGUGGAUGGGGAGAAAGCUAUCUUUCCUGCCCAAAUAAGGAAUAUGUACCUCUGGAAGGAAAUAGAUCAAACUUGGUCCAUACUGCAUGGGCUAUGAUGGGUCUAAUUCAUUCUGGCCAGGGGAAUAGAGAUCCUACACCUCUCCAUAGGGGAGCAAAGCUUUUGAUCAAUUCUCAGUUGGAAAAUGGAGAUUUUCCCCAACAGGAAAUCACGGGAGUUUUCAUGAAGAAUUGCAUGUUACAUUAUGCAGCAUACAGGAAUAUAUACCCAUUGUGGGCUCUAGCAGAUUACCGAAGGCGUGUACCACUACCAUCAGCAAUAACCAAAAGCAUCUAAAAGCUACAUAAUCAAUCUCUUUCCAACAAAUUGAUGAAAGCGGUCUGUAUAAGUUUUACUUGUUUGAUUUUGUUACUAACAUGCACGUUUAUACUAUUUUUAGCCUUUCAUUUAUCCUGUAUUGUAAUACGUUAUACAUAUAUCAAUAAAAAAAUAUUUUACUUCUUUAA